AUGGACGCCAGCGGCGCAAACGCUCCCAAAGGCGAUCGGCAUAGCAUCCAGCGCGUGUCGGAACUAAUUGAGUCUGUGUCGGACCCGGCGUGUCUGAAGAGCGCCGUGAUCGAGCUGCUCGAGUAUCGCGAAACCGUGCCCGACCUCGCGUGCUACAUUUGGUACUCCUACGGAACAAUCACCGUCUUGCUGAGCCAGAUCCUCAGCAUCUACCCGUUGCUGACCACUGGAAACUUGUCGACGAUCGACAGCCACCAAGUUUGGGCGUGUUUGACUCUGCUGCAGUCGGUGGCGAGCCACCCGGACACCAAACACGAGUUCAUCAAGGCGCUGAUGCCGGUCUAUCUGUACCCGUUCCUCAGCAUCCCGGCGGGCAACCACAAGCCGAACGAGUUUCUGCGGCUGACCGGGCUGGGCAUUUUGGGCGCCAUGGUCAGCGGCGAGGACCCCGUGGUGUUCAAUUUUUUGCUCGAGAGCGACGUGAUUCCGCGCUGUCUCGAAAUUAUGCAGAUCUGCAGUGAACUUUCGAAGAACGUCGCGACUUUUAUCGUGCUGAAAGUCUUGCUCUACGACGCCGGCCUCGCCGCGCUGUUCGAAGUGCCCGAAAAAUUUUACGCCGUGGUCUCGGUCUUGCAUCAGAUGAUCACUUCCGCUGGGCAAAGCAUCAGCGUGCGGUUGUUCAAGCACAUUUUGCGCUUUUACCUGCGGCUGACCGAACACCCGAAAGGCAAGCAGCCGCUGGCCAAAGCGUUGCCGGCCUGCCUACUCACCGCGCUGGAGACCGGCUACUACGACCGCGUGUUUGCACAGGACCCGAGCGUGCGUGAGUUGCUCGAGCGACUGAUCAAGGCCGUCGCGUAA